AUGUGGUGCAAUCAUCAACGUAAAAUUACCGGAUUUGUGUUAACAAAAAAGGAUGGAGAUAGUGCUGCAAAUAAAGAAAGGUCAGAGGAUGAUAGCAGUAAAUCAGAACGGAAAGUCCCUUAUCUUUUAGAUGAAGCCAUUCACAUUAAUCGACAACCCUCAAAAGACUAUGCUAAAAUAGCGAGAAGGGCUUUCUAUGCUGACUCCAAACAAUACAACAUACAUAAGUUAAAACAGUCUGUGCAGAGUGAUAAUAAGGAUAUCUCAAUCAAGGCGGAACGCUUCUUGAAUGACAUAGCAGACUGUCAGGAUAGUGUUGAUACAAAUGAACUUGUUGAAGGAUUCAUAGUUCUUAGUAAUUUAGACAAAUGGAAACAUCGAUUGCUUAAAAAGGAUUACAGGUUUCAUGUGGCCAGUCAGCAUGUCACAGCUGCCAAGUUUAGUUCCGAAGAAAUGGUAGAUUUACUAAAUGCUUGCAGCAUUAUUCAAGUAAGACCAAAUGAUCCCCUCAUGGUAGCUUUAGAGCGACAAUGCACCAACAGUAUUUCGAAUUGGGAUCUAAAUACGCAGCUUGUGAUUUCUGAUCUGUGGCGCGUGAUUGGACGCUCUGUUCAUAGUAUGAAUGACAAACUGUUUCAACAUGUAGAACUGCAUUGGAACACACUGACCAAACAUCAACUAGUGCAACUAGUAUAUCUCAUUGGCGAAAAUCGAUCCUGUUCUCAAACAUUGAUGGCAAAACUGGAGAAUCUACUAUUAAAGUAUGUGGAUGAUCUUACAAUUAAUGAAAUAGCUGCUGUGUGCCUUGGUUUCUUCAAGUCUCAAACACGGCUCACUAAUAGUACAGUGCUUCAUAGGUUUGGUGACCGUGUUUGUGAACAUUUACAUGAUAUCAACCCCAUCUGCCUUGUUAGUAUUCUCAAGGAAUAUCGAUAUAUUCACUUUAUUCAUCGAAGGAUGUUUGAUGCAAUUGGCCAAUACAUUGCACCAAGAUUACAUACCAUGCCCGUACUGUCUAUGGUGCAUAUCUGUCACACGUUUGCUUCACUGCAUCUUUUCAAUAAACCUUUUUUAGACGCUGUCGCAAAGUGUGCGAUCGCGACAGUCCCAAAGUGUCGGAAUAAAGACAUUGCUAAAUAUUUAUAUGCUUUCGGUUCUUUGAAUUAUGAACCACCAAACGCAGAUGAAUUCUUUACAGCUAUGAUUCAGCAAAUGCACCGAUUGAAGCCUGAAUAUGAUAGGUCGCCCGAGCAGUUGGUUGUCAGUCUGUUAUCGUUGGCGUAUUUGAACCAAUAUCAUUACAGCCUAUUGAAUAUGGUAUUCAGUCCUACAUUCAGAAGCAUGAUUUCAGAGAGAGGAAGAUUGGAUUCUAAUAGAAAUCUAUUUGUGUUACAUUCGUCAGUGAAAAUUGAACGUCCUAAUUAUAAUGCUCAUAAAUUAGCAGAGGAGUUCAUCCAGCAGUUACCAGCAGAAAUAUAUGGCAGUGUUGAGCAUGAAAUAUCGUCCAGAGCAGGUGUUGCUGAAGUUCUGGCUGUCUUAAAAGAAGUUGUUGGAGAGAAAUAUUUCAAAUGUUGUUUUAUUUUACCUCAUAUUCGAUCAAUGGAUAUAGAAAUUCAUGUUGAUCCUGAUGGUAAUUACAUUCCUCUUAACAAGAAUCCGGAAUCCAAGAUCAAUAAAACUGCGCAGUUAGACAAUGCAUUGUUGCAUCAGUUGAUUAGCCCUACAGGCAAGAAAACUAAACUGUCUAUACCUGGUGUUGCUGUGCAGCUGAACAGUGAAUUAACGCAACAGAUGGUUGGUACAAAGAACGAUAAAACAGUAAAACAAUCUAAAAGGCUAGCUGUCGUCAUUACCAGUCCUAAACACUACCAACAUGAGAGCAAAUCACUCUUAGGAAUUCAUGUCAUGAAGCGAAGACAACUCAACCUUCUAGGAUACACAGUAAUUGAGAUUGCAUACUAUGAAUGGAAUGAGGUGACGAAGAAAGGAGUUGAAGAGUGUAAAGUUUGGUUAAAACAACAAAUCGACUCGGCAAUAGCUAGAUAAUUAUAUAGAUGAUAUUAUCUUGACGAGCUUGCAUGUGAUGUCUUCUGAACUCUUGCGCCACAUUAGAAUACAGUUUGAAAUAACUGCAUACUAGCAACCAGAUUACACAAAUAAACCUGUUGCUGGAAAAAAUAGCUAAUUAAAAUUGGCUGAAAAGACCCACAAGUCUACACAUCCUGAUACAUUGAGCCAACCUUUUGAGCUCAAUUUUGUCAUUAUCACACAAUUGGUACUGGUAUUUUUUUUUAUGACUGCAGGACAUCGGAAAUUGGCAGUGAUUGAUUUGAUAGACAUAACAAGAAGUGUGGCCAUCGAUGACCUCUUGUUGGUAUUGUCAAAGCAUUAUGUAUCCGAGUAUUUUAAGUACACCUUCAACGCUGUCUUGCAAUGCUAUCAUAAAAAAAAUCAUGUAGAAUAUUGUGAAAUAUUUAUCUAUAUACUCACAUAAAUAUGA